AUGACGUGGCAAGUCGUCCCCGCGUGUUGGUUCUGGGCUCUCCCUCUGUCGGCAAAACCACCCUCGCACACCGUAUGCCUUCCCUCCGCACUCUCUUCUGCCUCCCCUCCCUCCGCUUCUCCCCUUUCUCAUCAUCCCUCUCCCUGCAGCCAUUUCGCCCUCCCUGCUCCGCCCUCCCUGCUCCGCCCUCCCUGCUCCGCCCUCCCUGCUCCUCCCUCCCUGCUCCUCCCUCCCUGCUCCUCCCUCCCUGCUCCUCUCCCCAUCCCUGCUGCGUUCGCCCUUCACCAUGACCGGCUUUCUAAUUCCUUGUGGCCCAUUUCCAUUCUCUCUCCCCAGUUCGUCUCCCCAUUUCCCACUCCCCAUUCCUUCUUCUCAUUCCUUUUCCCGAUUCAUUCUCCCAUAGCUCUUCAUCUCCCCCACCCGACCACUCAUCCCCCUUCUCACCCGCCUUCACCCCUUUCCACUGGUGGCGCUGCAGGGCUCACAGCUGCACACCCCCACGAGUACAGCAGCACAAGCUCCAACACGGCUGCAGGAGAGUGUUUCAGCUGGCAGGUAGACACCAAGUAUUACACGGCAGCAGUGGCUGUGUGGACGGCGCGCCUCUCCUCCGUGCUGCCCUGCAGCACCACCGGCCCCGCCUCGCCCCUCGUGAGAGGAACUGAGGCGCUGCUGCUCGUCUUCGACCUCUCCAAUCAUACUUCCCCGGUUCCCCACAACCCCCACCCUCCUCGUUCCCUUCAACCCCCCGCGCCGCCCUCUUUCCCCCAUGCCCCCUCUUCUCCUUCCUCUCUCCUGUGUGCUAGCCCGCAGCAUUCACAGCAGUGCAGAGGCGGGCAUGUACAGCCAAUCACGCUCACCUUCCCACUAUAUCCCUUCAAACUCACCCCCCACCCUUCCACGGUCCCACCCUCCUCUCCCCCCGCUCCCCUGCCAGCUGGCAUCGUUCACGGCAGUGCAGAGAUGGGUGGCAGGCAGGUGUUGCCAACCACGCUCACUCUCCCUUCCCACUGUGCUGUUUCUCUUAGCAAUCACCCGCCGCCGCCGCCCUCCCAACCUCCCCUCCUCCCUGGCUCCCCUGCCAGCCCUUGUCAUUCGCAUCGCAGCAGUGCAGAUGCGGGCAGGUGCUGUGCUGCCAACCACGCUCACUCUCCCACUGUGUCCCCCGCUCCUCCUCCCCCCCCGUGCCAGCCGGCGUCAUUCACAGCAGUGCAGAGGUGGGCAGAGCGGGCGGACCUGAGUCGCUUUGAGAUCCGCCUGUGCGUCGGCAACAAGGCAGACCGCGUGCGGCGAGGGGGCAGUGCGGGUGAGAGAAGCAGGCGUGGGCGGCAGAGAGGAGGGGGGAGAGACGGGGAGGAGCAGAGUGACUUUGAUGGCGCCAUGCUUCUGGGCGCAGGCAGGGGGGAGGGGGAGGAAGCGGGGGAGGGGGAGGGAGAGAAGGCAGAAGCUGGGGAAUCUGUGGAGGCGGGAGAAGUGGAGAGGGAAUGGAGCAGCGAGGGGGCAGGAGAGGGAGGUGGAGGGGAGGAGGGGGAGGUGAGGCGGCGGCAGUGCGAGGAGUGGUGUGUGGAUAACAGCAUCGAGUACGUGGAGGCGUGUGCUGCCCAUGAGGAGAUUGACGCUGGUGAGUGGGGAGUGGGCCUGAACCAGGAGCAUAGUGCAAGGUGUCAGACCAGUCACACCUUGCAUGCACGCGUGGCCAUUGGAGGCCAAUCCCUUGAGCCGCACAGCCAUCCCCUCAUGCCUCACAGCACAGCACACCCCACCACUCAUGCCGGCUCCCUUUCCCCAUACCCCUCCACGUACAGCCCUGGGCGCGGACAGUGUCAUGCACGCCGUGCAGCGCAUGCACAUGCGCCCUCAACCACCUUGAUGACUUUUGAGUCGACUCAAAAGUCAUCUCAAAAGUCGACUCAAGAGUCGACUCAAAAGUCAUGCGCCCUCAACCACCUUGCAUGCACAUGCGCCCUCAACCACCUUGCAUGUGCAUGCGCCCUCAACCACCUUGCAUGCACAUGCGCCCUCAACCACCUUGCAUGUGCAUGUGGCCGAGGCCUCGCAUUGAAAGCUCGUGCCAUCCACCCAAUGCAUGGUAGCGCGUACCAUUCCCCACUGUGCAUGCUCGGACUGCAGCGCAUCUGCCUGGCCCUGGGCGCUCACAUGUGGCAGACGGCUGGCGCUUGUGUUCCUCAUGUGUGCCCCACCCCUCACGUCCACUCCCCCCACCCGCCUCCAACCCAUCCACGCACAGCCCUGGGCACGGACGGAGAGAUGCAAGGCAUAGAGCGCAUCCGCACGGCCCUGGGCGCGCACAUGUGGCCGGGGCUCACACUCAAGGCGCCAGGGGGGGCGCGGGGUGCUCCCAUGCAGGGGCUGUCGCAGCUCAUGGGGCUGGCGGGCAGCCAUGCAUCACACACGCAUGAAGGCCAACCCGACUCACCGCAUUCGUCCUCGGCAUCAGAGGAGAGCACCGACAGUGACUGUGACAGUGACCCCGCGUCCUUGGACCCAACGCACUUCCCCUACCACCGCCUCGACGACGCCCCUGACCCUGCACUGCCCCACUCGCCGCCCGCCCGCCCCUCCCUCGCCUCCGCUCCCUGCGCUGCUUCUUCUGCCAGCGAUGGGUCUGUGCCUGCUGGUGAGGUUGGCAGUGCAGCUGGUGCUGGUGUUUCUGGUGAAACUGCUGGUGUUGCCAGUGAGGCUGCCGGGAAGGACGAGGAACGGAAGGAGAAAGAGGAGGGGAGCGAGGCGGAUGAGGAUUUUGGGCCGUUUGUGCAUGGAUCGGAUGCUGCUGGUAGUUCGGAUGCUGCUGCUGGUUCGGAUGCUGCUGCUGGUUCGGAUGCUGCUGCUGGUUCGGAUGCUGGUGCUGGUUCGGAUGCUGCUGCUGGUUCGGAUGCUGCUGCUGGUUCAGAUGCUGCUGCUGGUUCGGAUGCCGUCACUGGUUUGGAUGGUGCCGCUGGUUUGGAUGGUGCCACUGGUUCAAAUGCCGCCUCUGGUUCGGCUCAUGACACGUGCGGCUUGAACGGAGAGAACAAUAAGGAGAAAACCCAGUGUGCAGCCGUGGCAGGUGACACCCACAAGAGUGACACCCACGACAGUGACCGCACUGAUAGUGAGACCCGUGAGGGGGUGCACUUGCACCCAUUUGACCACGGCGAUGCUGACGAGGCAAGGGCGGACAUGGACGGCAUGGAGCGUCUGUUUCUGCAGGUGGCGUCGGUGCGCAGCAGCCUGCAGAACGCGCCUGAUGCUGUUCGGCGCGACACGGCCGCCCGGCUGGCCAUGCAGAUUGCACAGAUGCUGGGGGGCGAUGAUGAUGAUGCCCGGGGAGGAGCCUGGCAAGCAGACAGAAAGACACCAAGGCACGAAACUGUCUUUCGCGCGACCCUCGUGUCGCGCUCGCGCCACUCCACAAGCCGUAUUCGCCGCGCUCCGCAUCUCUCGCCACGCGAGGUGCGCACGGAGCUCGCCGCGCCCCUCGUCACCCCGCGCCCUCCACUCCCCUCGCCCUCUCCGCCCUCCCCCGGCCGCCAGUCCUUUUCGUCCUUCCUCUUCCCCGCUCUCGCGUCGCUUCCACCCAGUCUUCCCCUGCUCUCGUGCAAACGGGCGAAGGGAGGCGUUAGAGUCUGCAAGCAUCUCAGCCGCCAGGCUAGCGGUCCAGCACAGGGGGGAGGGGGGGAAGGGGAGGGGGGUGCCAUGGGCGGCAGCGAGGGCAAGGGGGGCGAGGGGGGGAGGGGGCGCGUGGUGUGUGUGACGUGUGGGGCGCGGCGGGAGCAGCUGUACCGCGUGCACUCGCCCGGCAGCAUCGAGGUGCUCAAAUGCGGCGAGUGUGGAGCUGCAGCCGACCCCUACGUCGAGUGCGACCCCCUGCUGGUGCUACUGGACGUGCUGCUCUUAAAGCCCCAGGCGCACCGGCAUGUGGUGCACAACCUCGUGCUUGCCUCACCCACGCCCCAUGCACGCCCGCUGUGCCUCGCCACAGCCCUCAUUCUGCUCUGCCAUGCCACGCUACUGGUGUUCCGGGCGGCACACGGCAUCACAGUUGACCCUGCAGACCUUCUCUCCCUCCCCAUCAUCGCCCAGGGUGUGGCGGUGUCUCUCCUCUCCAAGCUCCUCUUCCUCGCUCUCGUCUUCUUCUCCCUGCCCGCCGCCCGACACCUGCUGAGCUGGCUGCCUGCAAUUGGGCCACCUCAAGCAGCCAGCAGUCAGAAAAGACCACAAAGUGUGCCCUUCCCAGUGGUCUUCUACAGCCUGCUCCUCUCCAGCCCUCCGGAGUGCCUUGCACUCCCACUUCUGAUGGCGGGGCGGGCGGGGCGCGACAAGGGCGCGCUGCGCGCGAUGAUGCGCGAGAUGGCGCAGAAGACGGAGAAGCGCAUCGACUCCCCGCUCGUGAGGUACAACGAACUGGGGCAGGCCGUGUGCCGAGUCUGCACCACCGUGAUCAAAUCCGAAAGCCUCUGGGCGGCACAUCUUGUCAGCAAGCAGCACAAGGAGAGCGCGGAGCGGCUCAAGCAGAGAGCCAAGGCCGCAGCACCUUCCGCCACUGCCGCCGCCACCACGCCAGCGCAGCGACCCACAGCAGCCACGUGA